AUGUCUUCUUCUACUUCCUCGGCGCCUCGCCCUGAUCCCAAACCCCUCGUCACCCAUCUCUACACGGCCGACCCCUCCGCCCACGUCUUCAACAACAAAAUCUACAUCUACCCGUCCCACGACCGCGAGACCGACAUCGCCUUCAACGACAAUGGCGACCAAUACGACAUGACCGACUACCACGUCUUCUCCAUGGACGCCAUCGACGGCCCCGUCACCGACUCGGGCGUCGUCCUCUCCGCCGCCGACGUCCCCUGGGUCUCCAAGCAGAUGUGGGCGCCCGACGCCGCCACCAAAAAUGGCAAAUACUACCUCUUCUUCCCUGCACGCGACCACGAGGGCAUCUUCCGCAUCGGCGUGGCCGUCUCGGACUCGCCUAUGGGUCCCUUUGCUCCGGAAAAGAGCUACAUCCCCGGCAGUUACAGUAUCGAUCCAGCCGUGUUUGUCGACACGGACGACUCGGCCUACUUGUACUUUGGUGGGAUCUGGGGUGGACAGCUGCAGUGCUGGGAACGCGCCGAUGGCUCGGCCUCGGCCUCGGCCGAUCCGCAGAUGAACGGGCUGGUCUUCAACAAGUCCAAGUCGGGUCCGCAGGAACCCUCCGGGGCUGGUGUACCGGCCUUGUGUCCGCGCGUGGGUCAAUUGUCGGACGAUAUGCUCACGUUUGUGUCGCCGCCGCGAGAGUUGCAGAUUCUGGCGCCGGAGACGGGGGAGCCGCUGGCGGCGGAUGAUCAUGAGCGGCGCUUCUUCGAGGCUGCCUGGAUGCACAAGUACAAGGGCAAGUAUUACUUUUCGUAUUCGACGGGUGAUUCGCACUACCUGGUGUAUGCGACGGGUGACUCGCCCUGGGGGCCCUUCACGUACCAGGGUCGCAUCUUGGAGCCCGUCUUGGGCUGGACGACGCAUCACUCGAUUGUCGAGUUCCAGGGCAAGUGGUACUUGUUCUAUCAUGAUUGUGAGUUGUCCAAGGGAGUGGACCACUUGCGCUCGGUCAAGGUGCGGGAGAUUGUGUAUGAUGAGGAGGAUAAGAUUCAUCUGGCAUAG